AUGCACCACCAACACUCCGAUACGCUUCCCUUCCCCGACUUCGCGUCGUCAGUGCCAGAACCCGACCGUGCUAGUCUCGCUAGGCUCAGCAGCGAUGAGAUCCGAGCCUGGACACUGAGGAAAUCGGACGAGUACCGCCUCCUCUCCUACACGAUGCCCUCCCUCCAUAAUGCUGCCGCACCGAUCCACACGCUUCCCCCUGAGCUGCUGCUCAAGAUAUUCGGUCAGACGUGGAAGGACUGGAGAAGCGUCCAUCUGACGUCCGUCUGCCGGCGAUGGCGCUCUGUCUACCUCUCCACGCCUCAAUUCUGGGCAGCAGCAGUUUCAGGGCUAACUUUCUUUUACUACGAUGGGACGGUUAUGGCCGGACGCGAGGACGUCCGACCGGUCACAGCCGCGUCUCUCGAAAGGUCCUGCCCAUGCCUCAUCAAAGCAAAGAUUAUGGGACCAGACGAGCUCCACCCACUAUCUUCUCUUCCUGUCGAGCUGUCUGUUCAUUCGUAUCGGAUCAGUUCUCUACAGCUCUACGUCGACGGCAGGCUGCUACACGAUUUGCCCCGGCUGUUGGAGAAGAGCACGCCAGCACUAGAAACACUCGACAUCUGUGGUGGAGACGAGGAUGCGCAACUAGGGCGAUUUGACCUGACGAGUUUGCCGCGCUUCUCUGAAAUCAAUCUUCCCCACCUGCACGAGGUGUUCAUCAGCCCGGCGGAAUUCUUCCCUCUGUUCACUGCCAGAUCCUUACGGAGAGUCAAGCUGGCCGAAUCCCAUUACGAUCCAGAUGUCAUGUCUCCGGAUCCUCGGGUUCUGCUGCGGGCGCUGCGCAACUGUCCCAAUAUCGAGACCUUGCAAUUUAGCGACUAUGCGAUCCCGUACGAGUGGCCGGUGCCGGGAGACGUUGCUGUCGUACACCUUCCCUUGCUCAAAGAGCUCGGAAUCUUCGACACCUCAGACACUUCGCCGGAGAAGAUAUACAGAGCCUUGCCGACCUCAUACCUUGUCAUCUCUUUCGAAGCCGCCCGUUCGACAGAGUUGCUCUGCGCAUACACGAUGAAUGCUCGUGGGAACUGGAGUGCUUUGCAGACCACUCUCAACAAGUCUGGAAAUUGCGCUUGGCUUAUGCCUCAUCGCUGGGCGAAGUUUUCUUGCGGGACUACUUCCAAGGGAUGCAUGUGACCCAUCUGGAGGUGCUCGAUGAGACGUUUCAUUCGUACGGCACACCGUGGAGGGAUUCAACAUGUACCGUCGAGGAUUGGGCCGUUCCCUUACAGGCCUUCCCCCAUCUCACCUCUCUCACCGUGUGCGGAGCAACCGGCCCUAACUCCGUCCUCCCAGCACUUGCUCAAUGCACGACCACGGCCGACGCUCCCUCCACGCAUCUACCUUGUCCGGCCUUGCAAAACUUGGUUCUCUGUUGGGCAAUUGAGAACACGCAUGAGCCAACAAACCUCCCGGAAGGGUGCGACACGGUGACGUACGCUUCGAGGGAUGCUGAAGAACAUAUCCGCUGGAGGUGUUCGACUUUACAGCCCGUGUUCGAGCAGCGUGCACUGAAAGGGGCACCAAGUCUGAAAACCCUCAUAUUCUGGGAAUACGAGACGAUGAGACAUCGUCCGUGGCUGGAAGAUGCAAUGAAGGACGGAAGGGUUCGCAUUCCUUCGACGUGUCGUGAUGACAGCAGUCCAGCCUGCCUUGCACGACUACGAGGAGUGGUAGGUGGCCCAGUGGUUUAUGGAGGCUAUUUGCUGGGAAAGACGAGCGAUAAUUGGUGAUCAAUGACCAGGACUGGUGCAAUGGACGACUGAUUGGCUGAAUAUGUACGUAAC